UCCCAUGUCGACUGUCGUGCUUAGUCAGCUCAAUCGAAAUGCGAACGUGCCCGUUUACAUACGCCAAUAUCGCAUUAUCAGUAAGAUUGGCAGCGGCAGCUUUGGCGACAUCUUUCUGGCCGUGAACGAGACGAGUGGUCAGCGCGUUGCCCUCAAAUUGGAACGGAAUAAUGUGAAUCGACCGCAGCUGCACUUCGAGUACCGUUUGUACAACUGCCUGCUGCCGGCCGUUGGAAUUCCGCGUGUUCACCACUUCUUUGCCGAGCCCAAGUACAAUGUGAUGGCCAUGGAUCUGCUUGGGCCGUCGCUGGAGGAUUUGUUCAAUUUCUGCUCGCGUCGCUUCUCGCUGAAGACGGUGCUGAUGCUGGCAUUCCAGAUGAUCGAGCGCAUUGAGUAUGUGCAUCUGAAGAGCUAUCUGCAUCGUGACAUUAAGCCAGAGAACUUUCUCGUCGGCGCUGAUAGCAAUCAAUUGUUUAUAAUUGACUUUGGCCUCGCUAAGGAAUACUAUGACUCCGCACGUCAUGAGCACAUACCCUUCAAGUGGGGCAAUCGGAUGACUGGCACGGCUCGCUACGCCUCCAUCAAUGCGCUGCUCGGCUUCGAGCUUGGCCGUCGCGACGAUAUGGAAGCGUUGGGCUACGUGCUCAUAUACUUUCUGCGCGGCAGCUUACCCUGGCAGGGCCUGUCGGGGCCGCGGCAUCAGAAGUACGAGAUGCUGGCCGAGAAGAAGCAGUCCAUCAAGCCGGAGGAGCUGUGCAAGGGAUUCCCAGACGAGUUUGCCGCGUAUCUAAUCUACUGUCGUAAUAUCAGAUUUGAGAAGCAGCCCAACUAUUUGGGCUUGCGUCGCAGCUUCAGCGAUCUAUUCAAUCGCCUCAGAUAUGUUCAGGACGGCAUUUAUGACUGGCGCAUCAUUAAGGAUCACAGCAAAGUCAAGAAAAAGCCACCCGACGGUGGCGUCGACAACAAGAAGCAAAUUGAAGCCAGCCCAACUAUCUUGAACAAAACAAUUUGAAUACAAUGUGAAUUUUCUAUACACACGAGGCUUGUAAUAAAUAAGGUAUUUUCUUAUGGCCAGAAAUCUCUGAUUGCAAAUCCAUUUUGCAGCGUGUCAACUGUCCGAGCUGCCAAUUCAAAAUACA